GUUGUGUUUGCAGCAGUGAGGAGUCCGUGCAGGGAUGUGACAACACUUUUACAUACAGUCUAUGGACAACACUAUAGAGAUGGAAUUGGCCACAGUUGAUAAUAAGGAGUUUUCCACUGGUGAUGACAUCACACUGCCCUGUCACCUCUCUCCUGAAACCAGUGCUGUUUCCAUGGAGAUCAGGUGGUUUAGGGGGACAGACUGUAUCUACCUGUAUAAGAAUGGCCAAGUUACAGUGAGUGAGGACUAUGAGGGCAGAGUGAGUCUGAACACUCAGAGACUGCAGAGAGGAGACGUGUCUCUCAGACUGAGGGAGAGCAGAGAGUCCGAUACUGGACGAUAUCAGUGUCAGGUCAUCAGUGGUGAACACGUGGUGGGGACACGAAUAGGACUGCGCUAUGAUGGAGGAAGAGGGGUAAUCUACAGAAUGCAUUGCACCUCAACUGAUUUGGUCAGGUUGAAAAUGGAAGAAUCUGUGAGAACUCUUGUCAAUCAGACAGCGAAGGAAAUGGGAAGACGAUUGAGCAGCAAAAAAAUGGAGGGCAAUGAACAACCAGAGGGGAGGGACAAAAAAAGAGCGGACUCUGGGAGUAAGAAGAGGAAGAAGAGGAAGAACACAAUCAAACAACAAUCAAAAGAACACAUGACUAAACAAGAGAGGGAGAAAGAAACUGAGGACAUGGAGAGGGAACUACAGGACCUUAGAACCCAACUGCAGGAACAGGAGAGGGAGCUGGAGGACAAGAACAGGCAACUACAGGACCUUAGAACCCAACUGCAGGAACAGGAGAGGGAGCUGGAGGAGAGAAACAAACAAUUGGAGGAGAGAAACAAACAGCUGGAGGAGAGAAAUAAACAGCUAGAGGAGAGAGAUAAACAGCUGGAGGAGUGGGAAGAAAUGCUGGAUGUGACAUGUCUCAGGAGAGCACGGAGCAAAGACCAAUUAAUAGAAUUCAGAGGAAACCACCUACUGCCCCCUGCUGUAACUGGAUGGCGCUCCGAACCAGUCUCUCUUUGUGCUGGGAUCCAUGAUCAAGAUCAUAUCUGGAAAAGGUGGAGCAUGGCUGAACCUCUAAUCUUUAGACGAGAAAGUCCAGUCCCUCCAGUGUCUCCUGCUGUGUCUGAGCUGAGGCUGGUGCUGCUGGGGGGGAGCACCGCUGGGAAGAGGGCAGCAGGAAACACCAUCCUGGGCACACACACACUCACACACACAUCCACAGAGACCCAGCACAGUGAGAGCAGACAGGGGGAGGUGGCUGGGAGACGGGUGACCAUGGUGGACACUCCAGACUGGUUCUGCAGUGGACUCUCUGAGAAGGACAUGAGGCAGGACGUGGGGCUUUGUGUCCGUCUGUCUGCCCCAGGACCUCACGCCUUCCUCCUGCUGAUUCCAGUGGAGCCGUCUGAAGGGGAGGAGAGGAGGAUGCUGGAGAAAAUGGAGGAUAUUUUUGGGGAGGGCUGUUGGGGACACACACUGAUCCUCUUCACCCAUGCUGAGGGGCUGAAAGAGAGGAGUGUGGAGGAGUUGCUCCAGACAGGGAGCCAGGAGCUCCAGCAGCUGGUAGAGAAAUGUGGCAACAGGUGUCACCUUCUCAACGUUAAGGACAGGCCUGAUGACACUAAGAUCACACAGCUGCUAGAGAAGAUAGAAGAGAUGGUGUCAAGAAACAGAGAGCAAUUCUAUAGCAGUGAGACCUACCAAGAGGCAGAGAGACAACUCAGAGAGUUAAGGAUGCAGAGCAAACAAGAGGUGGAGGAGAGGAAACUGAGGGAGGAAAGAAAGAAGAGAGAGGAACUUGACAAACGCAUACAGGAGUCUCUGAGGAAGAUGGAGGGAGAGAUUCAGCAGCAUGAAGUAGAAAUUAAAACGAUUAAUCUAAGGGCAACAGAACUGGAGAGAAAAAUGAUAGAGGAGAGGGAUGAGGAGAAGAAAGGAGAGGUGGAGAGGAAAUUAAAGCAUGAGAUUUCCCUGAGAGAGGAGAUGGAGAGAAAACUAAAUAGUUUGGCAGAAAAGAGGAGAGAGAUGGAAGAGAGACACAGAGAGGAAAUGGAGGAGAUGAGAGAGAGCUAUGAGAGAGAGGCCAGGGCUGAAGCAGAGAGAAACCUCAUGAAGAUCAUCCUAACUGCCUGGCAAAGACAUAAUAGCAUCACUCAGCUGAAGAUGGAAGCAGAGUUCAACAGACAAAACGAGCAGAAGAAUGAUGUGAUUGUGCUUUGGGAGCUCAGAGAGAGGGUUGCAAUGUUGGAGAAACUGUCACAUGCAAAAGAUGAGCAGAAAGGAAUGAAUGAGGUUGACAUACUUUUGCAAGAGCAAAAGAGAGAGAUAGAGAGAAUGAAACAGAUGUUGGAGGAGAAGGACAGAGAAAUUGAGAGAAUGACUCUCAAACCUAGAAGAGAGGGAAGUCUGACAGAGAAGGAGCGACUGAAACAGAUUACUGUAAAGCUGAACAGAGAGAUGGAGAAGCUGAGGCAGGAUGUCAGCAAUCUGAGCCACACCCAGUCUCUGCUGAGAGAAGAGUGUGAGAGGGACUGA